UUUUUUAGUCUCGCACAUUCAACAUGUCUUCUGAAGGAUUUCACCCCCAUCCCGAGUUGUCUCCAUUAUGUGAUCGCCUGUGGGAUGCAGAUAAAAACCGCCUCACGCCAGGAGUACACUACAAGAUUGAUCCGCAAGGCAGGACACGGUUCCAUUCACGGCAAGAUCAUGCCAGGGAUCCACUCUUUAGCUUUGUUGACCCAGAAGUUUUUCAGUGGCCAACAUACAAACGAUUUGUAGCUUUGCUAGACAACUAUGAAAGUGAAACUGGACAAGGAGAAGUUGUCACUCAGCACGAAGUGAGGGAAAACCAGGUUUUCAUUGAUGUCAUUAUGGAAACAGAGCCAAUGAAGAUAGCUCAUGAAUACCUGGCCAACAAAGGUCUGAUGCCGCGUGAUCGUGCACAGUUCAAGAGAGCACUUUACUCGUUAUGGUUUACCAUGUACAGAAGAACCCGUGGAGUAAGGGAAAUGGACUCCUCUGCCUUUGAACAUGUAUUUGUUGGUGAGACACGCAAUAGGGCAGAGGUAAUUGGUUUUCACAACUGGAUUCAGUUCUAUUUACAAGAAAAGCGAGGUCUAGUUGACUACAAGGGCUUCUUUCCAAGUCGAAGGAAGAGACAUGUGAGCAGUGAAGAAGAGAGUAUGAAUCAGCUGAUCACAAUUCAGUUUAACUGGAAGGGCGACGUGAAGCCAAUCGGCAGCAGUUUCAUUGGCACCAGCCCAGAGUUUGAAAUGGCGUUGUACACUGUGUGCUUUCUUGCUGGGGAUGGAGAAGAAGUCCAUGUUGAGCUUGAUGAUUAUGACGUCAAAGUCAAAACGCAUCACAUGGGGAAGUACCUUGGAAGCUGUUUCCCACAAUGCCCCUGAAUUUAGUGCUAAGCUAUUUUCAAUUGAAAUUAAAUUUGAAUGCUAUUUCUGUACUAAUGUAUUGACAAUUUUUAGACCUAUGUACAAUGCUAUACAAGUGUAGCUACAUAAGAAGUGCGAUGAAAAGAAAAUUAAAAUCAUUGCAAAACUACAAGAUA